CCUCACCGUACUUGCUUUUUGCCAACCGUCGUGAUGUUCGAGUGGUGGAUGCUGGGAAUGUAAAGCCCGAAUCCUCAGUGCUGGUUAGUGGCUUGGAAGAUGCAGCAGCAGUGGAUUUUUUGUAUUCACAGAGUGUAAUUUAUUGGACAGAUGUAAGUGAAGAGGCUGUUAAACAGACUUACUUUAACAAAACUGGAAAUGUACAGAAUGUUGUUAUCUCUGGACUGGUUUCACCUGAUGGCCUUGCUUGCGACUGGUUGGGACAUAAACUGUACUGGACAGACUCCGAAACCAACAGAAUAGAAGUUGCUAAUCUCAAUGGCACAUUUAGAAAAGUCCUCUUCUGGCAGGAUCUUGAUCAACCAAGGGCUAUUGCCCUGGAUCCAGGUCAUGGGUACAUGUACUGGACAGACUGGGGAGAAACACCGAGAAUAGAACGUGCUGGGAUGGAUGGUAGUACUCGGAAAAUUAUUGUUGACUCUGACAUCUAUUGGCCAAAUGGUUUGACAAUAGAUUUAGAGGAACAAAAACUUUACUGGGCUGAUGCAAAGCUAAGUUUUAUUCAUCGAGCCAACUUGGAUGGAUCUUUUAGACAAAAGGUGGUAGAAGGUACACUGACGCAUCCAUUUGCACUUACACUGUCUGGCGAGACACUUUAUUGGACUGACUGGCAAACGCGUUCCAUUCAUGCGUGCAACAAACAUACUGGGGAAAAAAGAAGGGAAAUACUGAGUGGAAUUUAUUCACCCAUGGAUAUCCAGGUCUUCAGUCAAGAAAGGCAGCCAUACAUUAAAACCCAGUGUGACAGUAACAAUGGAGGCUGCUCUCACUUGUGUCUCCUGUCACCAAGAGACCCGUUCUACAUGUGUGCCUGUCCUACUGGAGUCAAGUUAAAUGAAGAUGGCAAGACUUGCAAAUCAGGUGCUGAGGAAGUCUUACUUCUUGCUAGAAGAACAGAUUUACGAAGGAUAUCAAUGGAUACCCCUGACUUCACAGACAUCAUCCUGCAGAUCGAAGACAUCAGACAUGCUAUUGCAAUUGACUAUGAUCCUGUAGAGGGGUACAUUUACUGGACAGAUGAUGAAGUUAGGGCUAUUCGUCGGGCAUAUCUUGAUGGGUCUGGAGCGGAGACAUUAGUGACAACAGAAAUUAACCAUCCUGAUGGAAUAGCUGUAGACUGGGUUGCUCGGAAUUUGUACUGGACUGAUACUGGCACUGAUCGCAUUGAAGUCACAUGUUUAAACGGCACAUCCAGAAAAAUUCUUAUAUCAGAAAAUUUAGAUGAGCCAAGAGCUAUUGUUCUAAAUCCAGUGACAGGGUACAUGUAUUGGACUGACUGGGGUGAAAAUCCGAAGAUAGAGCGUGCUAACUUAGAUGGUUCUGACAGGAUAGUCCUCAUCAACAGCUCAUUGGGUUGGCCAAAUGGAUUGGCAUUAGAUAUAGCAGAAGGAACACUAUACUGGGGUGAUGCCAAAACAGACAAAAUUGAGGUGAUAAAUGUGGAUGGAACUGACAGACGAACCCUUCUGGAAGACAAACUUCCUCAUAUAUUUGGCUUCACCUUGUUGGGAGACUAUAUUUACUGGACAGACUGGCAGAGACGAAGCAUAGAACGUGUUCACAAAGUCAGAGCAAGCCGAGAGGUCAUCAUUGAUCAGUUGCCAGACCUUAUGGGCUUGAAAGCAGCACAUGUGACAAAUACAUUUGGAACAAACCCAUGUGCAGAUAACAAUGGCGGCUGCAGUCAUCUUUGCUUCUUCACACCUCAUGGCCUAAAAUGUGCCUGCCCAAUGGGAUUAGAGUUAUUGAGUGAUAUGAAGACUUGCAUUAUACCUGAAGCCUUUCUUGUAUUCACCAGUAGAGCUGCUAUACACAGGAUCUCCCUAGAAACCAAUAAUAAUGAUGUAACCAUACCACUAACCGGAAUCAAAGAAGUAUCAGCAUUGGAUUUUGAUGUGUCUGACAGCAGAAUAUAUUGGAUUGAUACUAGUUAUAAGACUAUAAGUCGUGCCUUUAUGAAUGGAAGUUCUGUUGAACAUGUCAUUGAAUUUGGCCUUGGUUGCCCAGAGGGUAUGGCAGUGGAUUGGCUGGGAAAGAAUCUUUAUUGGGCAGAUACUGGAACAAACCGAAUUGAAGUUGCAAGGCUCGAUGGCAGGUAUCGGCAAGUCCUAAUAUGGAAAGACUUGGAUAGUCCUCGGUCUUUGGCUCUUGACCCCUCUAAAGGGUACAUGUACUGGACAGAAUGGGGUGGAAAACCAAGAAUUGUGCGAGCUUAUAUGGAUGGAUCCAGCAGUGUUACGUUGGUUGACAAAGUUGGUCGUGUCAAUGGUCUCACAAUUGACUAUGCAGAGAACAGACUUUAUUGGACUGACUUGGAUACUUGCAUGAUUGAGUCAUCAAACAUGCUAGGUCAAGAAAGAGAGAUUAUAGCUGAUGAUCUGUCCCACCCGUUUGGAUUAACACAGUAUAGAGACUACAUUUAUUGGACCGACUGGAACCUCCGCAGCAUUGAAAGGGCUGACAAGAAAACUGGUCAAAAUCGUACCCUUAUUCAAGGACAUCUUGAAUAUAUAAUGGACAUUUUAGUGUUUCAUUCAUCUCGUCAAGAAGGCCAUAAUGAAUGUAUGCAGAAUAAUGGACAGUGUGCCCAGCUCUGCCUUGCUGUACCUGACGGCUACAAGUGUGGCUGCACAUCCCAUUACACACUUGACGCCAACAACAAGAACUGCAGCUCACCAACCAACUUCUUACUGUUCAGUCAGCGGUCUGCAGUUAAUCGAAUGGUGUUAGAUGUUCAGCAGAGUCCUGAUAUCAUUCUCCCUAUACAUGGCUUGCGGAAUGUAAAAGCGAUUGAUUAUGACCCUUUAGAUAAAUUAAUCUACUGGGUUGAUGGGCGCCAGAAUAUUGUUAAACGGGCAAAAGAUGAUGGUACUCAGGCUUUUGUCAUUAUGUCUGCUGCAAAUCAAGGUCAAAAUCCAGAAAGGCAACCUCAUGACCUGAGUUUAGAUAUCUAUAGCCGCACCUUGUAUUGGACGUGUGAGACCACUAACACAAUUAAUGUUCACAGGCUUGAUGGAGAAGCUAUAGGCAUUGUACUAAAGGGAGACCAUGACCGACCAAGAGCCAUUGUCGUCAAUUCUGAAAGAGGAUACAUGUACUUUACUAAUAUGCAAGAGCGAUCUUCUAAAAUAGAACGUGCUGCAUUGGACGGGACAGAGCGAGAAGUAUUGUUUACAACUGGACUCAUUCGACCUGUUGCACUUGAAGUUGACAACAAACUGGGUAAACUAUUUUGGGUGGAUGCAGAUCUCAAACGGAUUGAAAGCAGUGACUUGUCUGGUGCAAAUAGAGUGACUCUUGAAGAUUCUAACAUUGUUCAGCCAAUGGGAUUAACUGUUCUUGGGGACCAUCUUUAUUGGAUUGAUCGACAGCAGCAAAUGAUUGAAAGAAUAGAGAAGACUAAUGGGUACAAAAGGACCAGAAUUCAGGGUCGUAUUGCUCAUCCAACAGAUAUUCGUGCUGUUGAAGAUGUCGAUAUGCAGGAAUUCUCUUCUCAUCCUUGCUCACGUGACAAUGGUGGAUGCUCACACAUAUGUAUUGCAAAAGGAGAUGGAACACCCAGAUGUUCUUGUCCAGUGCACCUUGUACUACAGCAGAAUUUGUUGACAUGCGGAGAGCCUCCAACCUGCUCUCCAGAUCAAUUCACCUGUGCAACUGGGGAGAUAGAUUGUAUACCAAUGGCUUGGCGUUGCGAUGGCUUUCCAGAAUGUGAUGAUCAGAGUGAUGAAAAGAACUGCCCAGUCUGUUCCGAGAAUCAGUUUCAGUGUGAAAAAGGGCAGUGCAUUGAUGUUCGUCUUCAGUGCAAUGGGGAAUAUGACUGUCAAGACAAGUCAGAUGAGGCUGAUUGUGAUACAAUCUGCCAUCCCAACCAAUUCCGCUGUGUCAGUGGGCAGUGCAUACUAGAUAAACAACAGUGCGACUCCUUCCAAGACUGCAAUGAUGGUUCUGAUGAAAUACUCUGUGGCCUAACCACUGUAGAUGAGCUGCCUUCCCAUAACACUGCAAUCGGGCCAGUCAUUGGUAUAAUUUUGUUAGUGUUUGUCGUUGGAGGAAUCUACUUCGUAUGCCAACGAGUGGUAUGCCGGCGUUACAAGAGCCCCAAUGGACCAUUUCCUCAUGAAUACAUCAGUGGAGCCCCACACGUACCUCUUAAUUUCAUAACUCCUGGAAGCUCACAACAUGGCACUUUCACUGGUAUCUCAUGUAGUAAGCCUAUGAUCAGCUCCAUGAGCCUUAUGGGAGGAAGCAGUGGUGCCCCACUCUAUGACAGAAGUCAUGUGACUGGGGCUUCUUCCAGUAGUUCCACUAGCACAAAAGGAACUUUCUACCCACCGAUUCUGAAUCCACCACCAUCGCCUGCCACUGAUCGAUCUUUAUAUAAUACAGAAGCAUUCUGUUCUUCAAACAGUCCUUCAACUACUAGAUCAUACAGACCCUAUAUUUUGCGUGGAAUUGCACCACCGACAACGCCAUGCAGUACAGAUAUCUGCGACAGUGACUACACUACAAGUCGGUGGAAGAGUAACAAAUACUACAUUGACUUAAACUCAGACUCCGACCCGUACCCUCCCCCACCUACCCCCCGAAGUCAGUACAUGUCUGCAGAAGAAAGCUGUCCUCCUUCUCCUGCCACAGAACGGAGCUAUUUUCACCUCUAUCCUCCCCCACCAUCUCCCUGCACAGACUCUUCAUGACCUCAAAAGAAGGAAUUUGUGUUAAUUUCUGUAAAUAGUUUGAAAUGUUAACAGAGAAAAAAAUAUAUUUUAUGAGUCUGAGUAACAGAAAGAGUAUGUCAUGGAUGAAAUGUGAAUAAGACUGGGGAGGGGAGGGCUUGUGAAAUUUUGUAUAGUGGAAAAUAUUUAUAUACUUUUUUUAAAUUAACUACCACACAGGUGCCAUAUUGUAUCUUUUACAGAACAGUAUAACAAAUAAUUGCUCAUUAUUUUCAAUAUCAAAUGAGUAUGUUUUAUCAAUUCUCUUUAUUUUAACAGAUUAACUUAAAUGAGGUUCAGUUUUGUAACACCAAACCAUGCAGCUGUAUGGAGAGAUGGUACUAAAGUAGUUCUGGCACAGUUGCUCAACACAAACGUUUGCCAUUUCAAGUGGAAUUAAGUCAAGUCAGAGAGGAUAUAAAGUAAUAUAUGUGAUAAAUUGUUUAACUUGAAAAGGCCUCAUACUUUUGUUGUAAUUCAUUUCAUUCUACAUGAAAAUAUUUUUAUAAAAUACUUUCAGAUGUAUUGUCUACAAACAAGUUGUCAGUACAGGGCAUUUUUUUUUUCAUUUCUUAAUAAAAUGUCUACCACA